UCAUUUCUCCUGAAAGGAACAAAGGAUAUGGCAGCCAAAGAUGGCAUGUUUCAAUAUGCUGAUGGGGUAGACAAGCUGUUGAUGUUUUUGGGAACUUUAGGCAGCAUUGGAGAUGGAUUGCAGUACCCUCUUACAAUGUUUGUACUUAGCAAAGUGAUCAAUGAAUAUGGACAUCCUAAUAGCACAUUGUCUAAUGAUACUGUAGAUAAGUUUGCACUUAAGCUGCUCUAUGUUGCAAUUGGAGUUGGACUUUCUGCUUUUGUUGAAGGAAUUUGUUGGACAAAAACUGCUGAGAGACAGACUUCCAGAAUAAGGACAGAAUACCUAAAAUCAGUCCUUAGACAGGAAGUUGGUUUCUUUGACACCCAGGAAGCUGGCUCGUCCACAACAUUCCAAGUUGUGUCAACCAUAUCUGCUGAUGCCAAUGCAAUUCAAGUUGCAAUAUGUGAGAAGAUACCUAACUGCCUUGCAUUUGCUUCAACUUUCUUCUUCUGUCUCGUUGUUUCGUUCAUACUAUCAUGGAAACUUGCCUUAGCAGCUCUUCCUUUCACACUGUUGUUCAUUGUUCCUGGACUUGUAUUUGGGAAGCUUAUGAUGGAUGUGAUAAUGAAGAUGAUUGAAUCCUAUGGCAUUGCUGGUGGGAUUGUGGAACAAGCAAUUUCCUCGAUAAGAACUGUAUAUUCAUAUGUAGCUGAGAACCAAACACUGGAUAAGUUCAGCCAUGCCCUUGAAAAGACUUUGGAACUGGGAGUAAAGCAAGGUUUUGCAAAGGGCUUGAUGAUGGGAAGCAUGGGAACCAUUUAUGUAGGAUGGGCUUUUCAGGCAUGGCUAGGUACUUAUUUGGUUACUGAAAAAGGAGAAAAAGGUGGCUCAGUUUUUGUAGCUGGAAUCAAUGUCAUAAUGGGAGGAUUGAGUGUCUUAGGUGCACUACCAAAUUUAACUGCCAUCACUGAGGCAACUGUUGCUGCUACUAGGAUUUUCGAGAUGAUUAACCGCGUGCCAAAGAUAGAUGCAGAAGAUAGGAAAGGAAAGGCUUUGUCAUAUGUAAGAGGAGAGAUUGAAUUUAAGGGCAUCUACUUUAGUUAUCCAUCAAGACCUGAUGCACCAGUCUUGCAAGGUUUGAAUCUUAGAAUUCAAGCCGGUAAGUCUGUAGGUCUUGUUGGAGGCAGUGGUUCUGGCAAGUCCACAGCCAUUGCAUUGCUUCAAAGAUUUUAUGAUCCUAUUGAAGGAGAAAUUUUCUUGGAUGGAUACAAAAUAAGGAGACUUCAGCUGAAAUGGUUGAGAUCUCAAAUGGGUCUAGUUAGUCAGGAACCUGUACUUUUUGCAACAUCCAUAAAAGAAAAUAUAUUGUUUGGGAAGGAAGGAGCAUCAAUGGAAGAUGUAAUGAACGCAGCUAAGGCAGCUAAUGCUCAUGACUUCAUUGUCAAGUUGCCAGAUGGAUAUGAAACUCAUGUUGGUCAAUUUGGGUUCCAGAUGUCUGGUGGCCAGAAGCAGCGAAUUGCCAUAGCCAGGGCUUUAAUCAGGAACCCUAAAAUCUUGCUUCUGGAUGAAGCUACUAGUGCACUGGAUGCACAAGCCGAAAGACUAGUGCAGGAGGCAAUUGAUAAGGCAUCAGUAGGGAGGACAACAAUCAUCAUUGCUCACCGCCUAUCAACAAUCCGAAAUGCAAAUUUCAUUGUGGUUCUUCAAGCUGGUAGAGUAAUUGAAUCAGGAUCCCAUCAUGAACUAAUGCAAAUGAAUGUAGGAGAAGGUGGAGAAUACUACCGGAUGGUAGAGUUACAGGGAAUGGCAUUGCAAAAUGAAGCUGCUGAUAACUCAAACUACCAAACCGGAGGAAGAAAUCACCACAAGAUGCAUGUUGCACAAAGCCCACUGAGUUACAGAUCAAGUGCUGCAAGUACUCCAGCAUUAAACCCUUUCAGUCCUGCUCUAUCUGUUGGAACACCCUAUUCCUACACCAUCCAAUAUGAUCCUGAUGAUGACAGUGUUGAUGAAAACUUAAAGCAACUAGCUUAUCCUGCUCCAUCCCAGUGGCGUCUGUUGAAAAUGAAUGCACCUGAGUGGGGAAGAGCCUUGAUUGGAAGUGUGGCUGCAAUUGGCUCAGGAGCAGUUCAGCCUAUAAAUGCAUAUUGUGUAGGCUUACUUAUAUCAAUUUACUUCCGCACGGACAAAUCCGAAAUCAAGUCAAAAUCCAGAACUUUGUCAUUCAUUUUCUUAGGCAUAGGUGCUCUCAACUUCAUAUCCAGUCUCCUCCAACACUACAACUUUGCUGUCAUGGGAGAGAAGUUGACAAAAAGGAUACGAGAAAAGUUUCUUGAGAAGUUGAUGACUUUUGAGAUUAGUUGGUUCGAUGAAGAAGAGAAUACAAGUGCAGCCAUUUGCACAAGAUUGGCUACUGAAGCCAACAUGGUUCGUUCCUUUGUUGGGGAUCGAAUGUCAUUGCUGAUUCAAGCAAUUUUUGGGUCUAUUUUUGCUUAUGUAGUAGCACUUAAACUUAGUUGGAGACUAUCACUUGUGAUGAUUGCAGUUCAACCAAUAGUUGUUGGGAGCUUUUAUUCAAGGAGCAUCUUGAUGAAAAGUAUGGCUGGAAAGGCCCAAAGAGCACAAAAGGAAGGAAGCCAACUAGCAAGUGAAGCUGUGGUGAACCACAGAACUAUUACAGCCUUUUCUUCUCAGAAAAGAGUGUUGGGGCUUUUCAAGGACACCAUAAAGGGCCCCAAGGAGGAAAGUGUCAGGCACUCAUGGCUGUCAGGUUUAGGCCUGUUUAGCUCUCAAUUUUUCAACACAGCUUUUUCAGCAUUAGCUUACUGGUAUGGUGGGAGAUUAUUGACACAAGGGUUAAUAUCAUCAGAGCACCUUUUCCAAGCAUUCUUGGUAUUACUAUUUACUGCUUAUGUCAUUGCAGAAGCCGGUAGCAUGACUAAUGAUUUAUCUAAAGGAAGCAGUGCCAUUCGAUCAGUUUUUGCAAUCCUAGACAGGAAAAGUGAGAUUGAUCCUUAUAUUACAGGGGGGAUAGAGAUCAAAAAGGCGAUUAAGGGACGGAUAGAGCUGAAAAACGUGUUCUUUGCAUAUCCAACCAGACCUAACCAAUUGAUCUUUAAGGGUCUGAACCUUAAAAUUGAAGCAGGGAGGACAGUGGUACUAGUGGGACAAAGUGGUUCAGGAAAAUCUACUAUUAUCGGGCUCAUUGAGAGGUUUUACGAUCCAAUGAAGGGAUUAGUAUCCAUAGAUGGACAGGAUAUAAAGAAUUAUAAUUUGAGAAUGCUUCGAGCACAUAUUGCACUUGUCAGUCAGGAGCCAACCCUUUUUGCAGGGACUAUCCGCGAAAACAUUACCUAUGGGAAAGAGAAUGCUAAAGAAUCUGAGAUAAGAAAGGCUGCAAAGCUUGCCAAUGCUCAUGAAUUUAUAAGUGGGAUGAAAGAUGGAUAUGACACAAAUUGUGGAGAAAGAGGUGUUCAGCUAUCGGGGGGUCAGAAACAAAGGAUUGCAUUGGCACGAGCAAUACUGAAGAACCCUUCAAUUCUGCUCCUGGAUGAGGCCACCAGUGCAUUAGAUAGUGUGUCAGAGAGCUUGAUUCAAGAAGCACUUGAGAAGAUGAUGAUCAAAAGAACAUGUGUCAUCGUUGCUCACAGACUAUCAACAAUACAAAAAUCUGAUGCCAUUGCUGUUAUCAAGAAUGGAACAGUUGUGGAACAAGGUUCACACAAUGAACUAGUUUCCAUGGGUCGUGGUGGAGCAUAUUAUUCACUGAUAAAACUUCAGGGUCAAAAUUCUUCUUAUCGGUAAACCUGAAGUUAGGAUCAAUCAUAUACAAUUUUGUAAAUAUGAACAAGGUGAUUGGUUUGC